AUGGUCAGAUACAUCAUCUUCAAGAAGGCCUUCAAUAUCAGGGGUGUUUGCUCCUCUGAGAUUCAGGAUUGUAUUGGUGCUAUCGAUGGAACACAUGCUCGUGUCAUAGUUUCUAAUACCAAUGCACCAAGGUAUCGUGGUAGAAAAAGUUGGCCUACCCAAAAUGUCUUGGCUGCAUGUACAUUUGAUUUGAAGUUCACUUAUGUAUUACCUGGAUGGGAGGGAACAUCGUCUGAUUCAAGGAUAAUAAAAGAUGCAUUAACUAGAGAAGAUAUAUUACAUACCCUUCAAGGUAAAUACUAUCUAGUUGGUGCUGGGUUCAUGCUCACUGGUGCGCUCAUAACCCCUUAUAGGGGUGUACGCUAUCACUUAAAAGAGUACUCUAGUCGUGCACCGGAAAAUGCAAAAGAACUUUUUAAUCUUCGACAUGCAUCACUGCGCAAUGCUAUUGAGAGAGCAUUGGGGGUUUUGAAAAAAAGAUUUUCACUUAUUGCAAGUUCAACUGAACCAUACUUCACUUUUGAUACACAAAGAGAUGUUUUCUUGGCUGGUUGUAUCUUGCAUAACUUUUUGAUGGGCAUAGAUCCUGAUGAGGAGCUUAUUGCUGAGGUUGAUCGUGAGCUCUUAAGUAGUAGGAGACGAAAUAGGCACAAUGCAAUAGAUGAAGAUACCGAAGAAGGAAAAAUUAUUCGUGACAAUAUAGCAGCUCAAAUGUGGAUUGACUAUCUCAGACAACGCAUUAUCCGUGACAAUAUAGCAGCUCAAAUGUGA